AAUUCUAGUAAUCCAGACACAAAAGUCAUUACCCUCAUAACCACCGGUCGGUAGAGCAUGCAACAAGAUCAACGUGCCCAUUGAAGAAGAUUAUAACAACACUACCUCUCUAUGUAUGUAUUCUCUGAGCUUUUCAUACUUAACCAAAGUGCCAACCCUACUCCAGACUGUCAUUGACAAGAAAUGAUUUGAAGGUGAAAUAAAAAGGAUAUUAUAGAAGAUAUAGUAGUGCUCAACAGGUAGGGAGAAAGGAGGUUUAUUAGGCUACUUUAGGGAUAUAUAUCAUUGAAAAAGUUUAUGAAAUGAAGAUCUUAGUGUCCUAAUCAUUCCAGGACAUGAGAGUGAGGAAUGUUUAUGGGGACAAUUGAAGGAUCCAUGUAAUGAGAUGAGAAGCCAGCCUUCUUUUUUGAUAAUGAUAAUUUGACGCAGAACUAUCUAAUUGAUGAGCACAAUAACCACCACCUAUCACUUUCAUAAUUCUUCCUGAUCCAUCAGAACAUCACAACUCAGAGUAUUCAGUGCAAUUGAGAGAGAGAGAAGGAGGUGGCGAUGGAGCAGUCAGCAGGGAAAUCACCGAAGAAAUCACCACUCAAACCGUUUCCCAGAGAUCCACGUGGCUCCCUCGAAGUCUUUAACCCUGCCUCCUCCUACUCCACCGCAUCCGCAGCGGGUAAUCCUACCGGCUCGCCGGCGGCGGCGCGUCCUCAGCCUAUAUGGAAAACCUGGGCGGCAGAGCAGCAGCUGCCACGCAGUAACUCCUUGGAGGAGCUGACCACCACUGCCGCCACGUCCACAACAACCACUGCCACCUCCUGGAUGGCACUUAAGGAACCCAUUCCGCUGGCGAGUUCGGAGUCUGGUGCGGCAGCGCAGAGAGCUGCAGAGUGGGGAUUAGUACUGAAAACGGACACGGAGACCGGGAAGCCUCAGGGAGUGGCGGUUCGAAACUCUGACGGCGGCGGUUCGUCCCGGAGGAACUCGAAAAACUCAGCUCGCACCUCCGGCGACUCCUCGGAGGAAGCGGAAUCGCGCGGGAUCCCGAGAGUCUCGGAGGACCUGAAGAACGCCCUUUCGGCGUUUCAACAAACUUUCGUGGUUUCUGAUGCUACCAAAGCCGAUUACCCGAUCCUUUACGCCAGUGCCGGGUUCUUCAAGAUGACUGGUUACACCUCCAAGGAGGUGAUAGGUAGAAACUGUCGGUUUUUACAGGGUGCGGAAACGGAUCCGGAUGACGUGUCAAGGAUAAGGGAAGCAUUGGAAGCUGGGAAGAGUUACUGUGGAAGGUUGCUGAAUUACAAGAAGGAUGGGACGCCCUUCUGGAAUCUUCUUACUAUUUCACCCAUCAAGGACGAGGAUGGCAAAGUCAUCAAAUUCAUCGGAAUGCAAGUGGAGGUUAGCAAGCACACGGAGGGGGCCAAGGAGAAGGCGUUACGUCCCAAUGGCUUGCCUGAAUCAUUGAUUCGAUAUGAUGCACGGCAAAAAGAGAAUGCUACAACUUCAGUAUCGGAGUUGGUGAGUGCCAUAAAGCGUCCUCGAGCACUCAGUGAAUCAACAAACCGCCGUCCCUUCAUCAGAAAUUCAUCCGGAGGCGCUGACCGUCAUCAACAAGAAGAGGCAGAGAACAAAACAGAGAAAACAUCAAGGAGAAAAUCUGAGAGCGUAGCUUCAUCUGCUAGACGCAAAUCACAAGGAGAAGGAGGACAUGGAUUAACUUCAUUGCAGCAAAUCAGUGAGCUCCCUGAAAAGAAGCAGAAAAACUCCCGUCGCCGUUCUUUCAUGGGGUUCAUGAAGAAAAAUCAGGCAAAUGAAGAAAGCAUAGAUAACGAAGGUGUUGAGGAAGUGAGCUCAGAGAGUGAGGAUGAUGAUGACAGACCUGAUAGUUUUGAAUUUGAGGGCAAAGAGAUCCAAAGGGAGAAGAGGAAGGGUCUUGAUCUUGCCACCACACUUGAACGUAUUGAGAAAAACUUUGUCAUCACUGAUCCUAGGCUCCCUGACAAUCCCAUUAUAUUUGCUUCUGACAGCUUCUUAGAGCUUACUGAAUAUAGUCGUGAAGAAAUCUUGGGCAAAAAUUGCAGAUUUCUUCAAGGACCUGAAACAGAUCCAGCAACUGUGAAAAAAAUUAGACAAGCGAUUGACAACCAAACUGAAGUUACUGUACAACUCAUUAAUUAUACAAAGACAGGUAAAAAGUUCUGGAACUUGUUCCAUCUGCAACCUAUGCGUGACCAGAAGGGAGAAGUACAGUAUUUUAUUGGUGUUCAACUCGACGGUAGCCAACAUGUGGAGCCUCUUCACAACUGCAUCGCAGAAAAUACUGCAAAAGAAGGAGAACAACUGGUCAAACAAACUGCAGAAAAUGUUGAUGAGGCAGUAAGAGAACUUCCGGAUGCUAAUAUGAAACCGGACGAUUUAUGGAUGAAUCAUUCAAAAGUGGUUCAGCCAAAACCUCAUAGGAAGGAAGAUGCUGCUUGGAGAGCUAUCAAGAAGAUCCUGGACAGUGGAGAACAGAUAGGCUUAAAGCACUUUAGGCCAGUUAAACCUUUGGGAUCAGGAGAUACUGGCAGUGUGCAUCUAGUGGAGCUAUGUGGAACUGGUCACCAUUUUGCCAUGAAGGCGAUGGAUAAGGGUGUUAUGCUCAAUCGUAACAAGGUGCAUAGAGCUUGCACAGAGAGAGAAAUCCUUGACAUGUUGGACCAUCCUUUUCUACCUGCACUAUAUGCUUCCUUUCAGACCAAAUCACAUGUUUGUUUGAUAACUGAUUACUGCCCUGGUGGAGAACUGUUCCUGCUUCUUGAUCGACAGCCAACAAAAGUUCUUAAGGAAGAGGCUGCCAGAUUUUAUGCUGCUGAGGUAGUGGUUGCAUUGGAGUAUCUUCAUUGUCAAGGAAUAAUAUAUCGGGAUUUGAAGCCAGAAAAUGUGUUAAUCCAGAGCAAUGGACAUGUGGCUCUAACAGAUUUUGAUUUGUCAUGUUUAACAUCUUGCAAGCCACAGCUGCUUCUACCAGCCACGGAUGACAAGAAAAAAAAGAAGAAAAAACAACAAAAAGGUCAACAGGUUCCGGUGUUUAUGGCUGAACCCAUGAGGGCAUCAAAUUCUUUUGUUGGCACAGAAGAGUACAUAGCUCCGGAAAUUAUAUCUGGUUCAGGCCACACUAGUGCUGUGGAUUGGUGGGCUCUUGGUGUUCUUCUAUAUGAAAUGCUUUAUGGGUAUACACCAUUCAGGGGAAAGACAAGGCAAAAAACAUUUGCAAAUAUUCUACACAAGGAUCUUAAAUUUCCCAAAAGCAAACCAGUAAGUCUCCAGGGAAAGCAGCUAAUUUAUUGGUUGUUGCAAAGAGAUCCCAAAGAUAGAUUGGGUUCACAAGAAGGAGCAAAUGAAAUUAAGCGUCAUCCAUUCUUUAAGUCUGUUAAUUGGGCAUUAGUCCGGUGCAUGGUAACACAUACACUAAACCUAAUUAAUUAAUUACUAUUUUGAUUAGUAAAAUAUUUAUUAUUAUUAUUA